GUCGGUCGAGCGUGACGUGUGAACCAUAGUAUUGUGGUCGCGACUUCGCCGAACCAACUGUUAUCUCUUAUCAUUAUAAAAAUGAUACAUCGAAUUACCUCAUGAGCGUGAUAAGAAGUACUCCACUACACUAUAAACGGUCCUUGUGUUUCUGAUUGAGUACGUUGUAUUAUUACGAGAUAAAAUCGUAAAAAAAUAUAUUUCGGUUAUAAAAAUCAUGAGAAAAUUUAUAUUACAAAAAUAGUAAUUAAAAUUGCAGUGUUGAAUUUGUAAGAAAAUGAAGUAUUUAGUGAGUUUUUCUUUGUUGUUUAUGGUGCAUUCGUGUUACUGCAGUCCAUGUAAAACAACUGAAAGUUUGAACAUAACAAAUGGUGUUGAAUUUGACAAUGGUACUGUGUUAUUCGAUGGAGUGCAAUACACACGAGAGACUUGGUAUGACCUGGAAGAAGACGGAGUAGUUACCAGAUACGGCUGUCCUUGCAUCGGUAGAACUUGCAUGUGGAAAUGUUGCGGCGAAGGGCAGGCUUUUUUCAACAAAUCCUGUCUAAACACAGACUAUAGUGCAGUGAAUCCUUUUAAUCCUCCAGUUCACAAAGGAAAAAACCAAGUGGAUUUCGCAUCUAACAAAUUCUUUUACAUGUAUACAAAAUUAUGUACCGAGAGAUAUCUGGUAGACCCGAAUACUGGCGUAGAAGAUAUAUUUAUACAACAGAAUGCGAGUCUUUACUUGUCAACACCGAGAAGCGAAGUAUGGCUCAAUCCGUCGAGAUAUUGCGUGGAUAUUAUGACCAAUACAAAUGAUGAUUUCCGCAUGGUGGCGCUAGUGUGCUAUCCUGAUAAGGCUCCUGAAGACGAUAGCCCAGUACUGUACAUCACUUAUGCAAUUGGGCUUAUGAUAUCGAUUCCUUUCCUAUUGGCGACGUUUUUGGUGUACGCGUUCAUUCCUGAGCUGCGGAACUUGCACGGUAUGUGCUUGAUGGCGUACUGCGGAGGCCUAAUCAUCGCCUACACGUUCUUAGCCUACCUCAAACUGCAUUCAGGCAAAAUUGGAGUUGCCAUGACUAGUUGUUAUGUCAUUGCGUUCAUCGUUUACUACGCGUUCCAGACGAGUUUCUUUUGGCUGAAUGUAAUGUGUUUCGACAUAUGGAGAACGUUCAGCGGUUAUCGUGGCAGCAGUAACAAACGUCGAGAGAAGAAACGCUUCGUACUCUACGGCGCAUACGCGUGGGGUUUGCCUGCCAUCCUCACUGCUAUCACCAUUGCUAUGCAAUUUGCUGACGUACCGGGCAACGUCAUCACGCCCGGUUUUGGUGCUAUGAGAUGCUGGUUUACAAACUGGUUGAGCGAGUUAGUGUACUUCUUAUCCCCCGUGCUUGUGCUCGUCGUGUGUAAUGUGGUGUUAUUCUCUGUCACCGCGCAUCGCAUACGCUCCAUCAGGCAGGAGACCGCUAUACUAAAGGGCGCGGAGUCCGCCAGGAGUGAUAAACUUAAACGAGAUAAGCAGAGAUUCGGGCUAUACCUCAAGUUGUUCAUAGUAAUGGGGGUGAAUUGGACCGUGGAGAUUAUAAGCUUCUCCGUUGGCGGCUCCAACUGGUACUGGAUCCUCAUCGAUAUAUCUAACAUAGCUCUCGGUGCUGUCAUCUUCCUCAUUUUCGUGUGGAAGAAAAAAGUUCGCAAUUUAGUCGCUAAGAAAUGGCGCAGUAUUCGCGGUAUACGGAAUACAGAGAGCGCAGCAUGGGCCACACGGUCCAGCUCUGCUCCGACAGAAGAUACACGCAUAUCCAACGACGAGACAGCAUUACGACUUAAGGAAAUACGAUAGACAAAAACAUAGACCUUUGAUUUUGUAAAGAAUGCACAUUACUUUAUCGAUAUAUCUAUCGAAUUAUCGAAAAUAUUAAGUGGUCUAUAUGUAAUUUAUUACUUAAAUUCGUUACUUUACUAAUCAAAAUUAAUUCAAUUACGAAAUAUAGAUGUUUUUCAGUGCCAUAUAUCUGAUAUAACGACAUUUGCACUCGCAACGUAUUUUCUUUUUAUCGCAAUCUGUCUACCCAAUCAUACAAUGAUUUAACUAUGUUACAUAGACAUUUAUUCCUAGUCAUAAAAAUA